GUUUCUGGCAUUCCCAAGCCAGAAAUCCAAUGGUUUCAUAACCAGCAGCUAAUUCUACCAACAAAAGAUGUAGUUUUCCAUUUUGAGGAGUCCACAGGCAUGGCUUUAAUGCUUAUAGUUGAUGCUUACUCAGAGCAUGCUGGGCAGUACUCUUGCAAAGCAGCCAAUAGUGCUGGGGAAGCCACUUGUGCAGCUACACUCACAGUGACUCCAAAAGUGCAAGCCCUAGAUAGGCAAAGUUCUGGGAAAGAUGUAAGAGAGUCCACCAAGUCCCAGGCAGUGGCAGAUUCCUCUUUCACAAAGGAGGAGAGCAAAAUAUCUCAAAAGGAAAUUAAGUCAUUUCAAGGAUCAUCAUAUGAAUAUGAAGUGCAGGUUUUUGAAAGUGUAUCUCAAAGUUCCAUCCACACAGCUGCAUCUGUUCAAGAUACACAGUUGCGCCAUACUGCAUCCCUUUCACAAAUUGCAGAAAGCACUGAGCUAUCUAAGGAAUGUGCUGAAGAGUCCGCGGGUGAGGCGCCCAAGAUUCUCCUGCAUCUUCAGGACGUCACUGUAAAGUGUGGUGACAUGGCUCAAUUCCUCUGUGUUUUAAAAGAUGAUUCUUUCAUUGAUGUAACCUGGACUCACGAAGGUGCAAAGAUAGAGGAAUCCGAGAGACUGAAACAAUCACAAAAUGGAAAUAUUCAGUUUCUUACCAUAUGUAAUGUUCAGCUGGUAGACCAAGGACUAUACAGCUGCAUUGUACACAAUGACUGUGGAGAGAGGACAACGUCAGCAGUACUAAGUGUAGAAGCAAAAGAAUCGCAAGCCAGAGCACUUACAAAAAUUACUCUGGGUUCUGACACUAAAAGUAUUAAAACACUCAAAGAGUCACAAAUUAAAACAACCCGUGAAGUAAAAAGAGAAUCGUCAAAGAAAACAUCAAGUUUGUCAUUAACUUCAUGCCAAAAACCGUAAGAAACUGAGAACAAGGGAAUAAAGUCUACUGACAGGAUACCACGUGAACUGAAGACUGAGAGUGAUACGAGAGCCCCAGCCUUUCCCAAGGAG